AUGGUGAAGGUUGAUGAAUAUCAAAUCAAAGAGGUCUUCAGUGUUGAAACUAUUUCAAACUUCUUAUUUUAUAAAGAAUAUGGAAUUAAAUUAGACAAAUCUGAUGACUUCGAAAAAGAUGAUCUUAAAAAUCUGGAAAUUCAUACAGAGAAUACAAUAUACAAAGCAAUUAUGAAUAACGACAAAGAAAAUUUCAUCAUAUUCACCGAAAGAGAUGAAUUUGAUAAAGAUCAAAAGCUCAAAAGCGAUUUAUAUCCAUAUUCUUACAAAGGAUAUUCAUUACUUGAAUUAUGUUGUUACCAUGGAGCUGUUGAUUGUUUCAAGUUAUUAAGAUCAAAAUUUAAAUCCGAAAUAACUCAAAAAUGUCUGAAAUUUUCAUUUUUAGGCGGAAAUCAAGAGAUCAUGAGUGAAUGUUUGAAAUAUCAAAAACCAAAUGAAAAACGCAUGAUAUAUGCAAUUAUUUCACACAACAUUGAUUUUGUUACAUUCUUAAUGAAUGAGUACAAUAUAGAGAUCAAUUUAAAAUAUUGUGGAAUUUACAAUAAUCUCGAUUCCUUUUUAGUUUAUUUCGAUCAAACUAAUGAUAUAAACAAAUGCUUUGUUUAUACACCGCUAUUUAAUAGUCCAUCCCUUUUGGAAUACUUCCUUUCACAUGGUGCGAAUGUCAAUGAUAAAGAUGAAAAUGGAAAAACCGCACUUCAUUAUACAGCAGUGAAUAAUAGUAAAGAAAUUGCUGAAGUUCUCCUUUCACAUGGUGCGAAUAUCAAUGAAAAAAAUGAAAAUGGAGACACCGCACUUCAUAUUGCAGCAUGGAAUAAUAGUAAAGAAAUUGCUGAAGUUCUCCUUUCACAUGGUGCGAAUAUCAAUGAAAAAAUGAAAAUGGAGACACCGCACUUCAUAUUGCAGCAUGGAAUAAUAGUAAAGAAACAGCUGAAGUUCUCCUUUCACAUGGUGCGAAUAUCAAUGAAAAAAUGA